AUCUUGAUCGACUUCCCAUUUGUACAAUCAUACUGUUGAAUUGGGAUAUGAAGAAAAGUGCAUCGGCAUGCCAUUUGUAGAAGAACCAACUUGAAUAUACUGACUAUUUUCAGCUAAAUUCUAUAGCCAACAGGAAGGGUUACAAAUAAAAAUAAGUAAACUGAAGUGGAUGAGGUAUGAAAGCAUGACACCAAAAACUCUCUUCGGCAUUUCAUCAAACGCCUUGUAGGCGUCCUUCACAAUGACCCAAAAAAGUGAGGUUGAGUAAAACUCAUUUUGGGUCUGAGAAGAUUUAAUUGAACUUAGAUUCUCAGACCCAAAUAAGGGUUUGAGAUUCUCUCAAUUGGCAAGUUCUUGGGUUUUGCUCCGAGCUGCCGUCAAAAUCAAAGUGUAUUGGCACACAGAGGCGGGGGGCAUGGUGGACAUUACUAGGCCUUUAUCAGGCCAAUGCUUUUCGAUCAUUGAAAUUUUCAGAAGCAUGUAGGAUACAAAGUGGGUAACUGAGGUUGCUAAUCAUCGCUGAGCAUUAUUCUGUUACCAUGCCAUUAAGAUUUGUGUUUCUCAUGAACAAAUUUGAUGACGCGAGGGUAACCAAAGAAGAUAUAAAGAGGGCACUAGAAGAGCAGUGUGGUGCUACCCUAGACAUCCCUGGGUUUAACACUCCUUUCAAAUUUACAAAAUAUUCACACGCUUACAUGCUGGUGUACUAUGGAAAUGUUGUGCAAGCUCUAAGAAGAGGCGACCUCCGACUUCUUCGGUAUGCUUUUCAAGAGCAUGAAGACAGGUUCUUUAGGUUUGCUGUAUAUCUUGUCCUAGAGAAGCUAGAACUUCAGGUCUAUCAGAGAUUGUUGAAAAAAGAUUUAUAUUAUCCAAAAGCUGAAGGACCCAAGCAAAGCUCACCAGCUGAAGUUGGAAGUAAUUGUCAAAGCAUUGAAAUGGUCAUUGAUGUGGAUGAGGUAGAGGGCAUAAUGGCGAUGCUAAUACACAAAAGUCUGGUAAAGGGAUACUUUGCACACAAGAGUAGAGUUGUGGUUUUAAGCAAGCACUGAUAUCCAACUCUUAUGCAAGUCCAUAACAAUAAAUUAUACUCUGCUAGUAUUAUUAACUUGAACACUCUAAAAUAUAGUUGAAUAAACAUAACAGAAUUAGAAAAGAUCUAGAACAGUAUUAGCUUUACCAAUCAUCCAUGGGGUUUGCUGUUCCUUUUUGCCAUGUACACCGUCAUUGUGAUAUAAAUUCUAUCUUUGUAUCAUCCGAUAGUUUUAGGUUGCCAUACUAACAUAAUAAAAUUCUAGGUUUCUGAU